AUGGCGAUGCUGCUGAAGACGUUCGUGCUCACUGCGUACAAGGCGUUCCAGGACGGCUGCCUCUUCUACUACUUCCUGCAGGCCCUGCAGGACGAGCUGCCCUGGGCAAAGUGCUACACCUGGUGGGGAGCCAGUCCGCUCAACUGCGUUGAAAGGGACAUCGGUCUCACGCGCCAGUGCCAAGACGAGAGGAUGAAGCUGUACGAUGCAAGCGUGAAGCAGCCAUACGCGCCCACCAGCAACGACACCUUGUUGACGGUGUGCGGACACCACGUGACCGUGCCAACGAAGGUGUACCUGACCCAGAUCUCGGACCAGUGCCGCGAGACACGGCGCCACUCCGAGUACUCCUUUCUGCUGUUCGGCGCGCUCAAGCUGACGAGCGGAAUCGAAGAGCUUGGUGGCAUACGUUGGGAGCUGCUGGUGUGCUAUAUCUUCGCCUGGUUCGUCAUCUUCGUCUGCUCGGCCAACGGAGUGGCUACCGUUGGCAAGUUCACGCAGAGUUUUCAACUGCAGAUAUCUCCUCUUCUGGCCCUGCUUCAGCUGGCGCUGUUCGUGGCCGUGACCGUCUGCGUGCUCUUCCUCCCCCACGCGAGGACGUCCAUCGUCGAGCUCAUCUACCCGCGAUGGAAGGCGCUGCUCGAUGUCGAGACGUGGAGUGAUGCAACGUUUUCGGUGCUGUCGGGUCUCGCCGUGGGUGUUGGGCAGCUCCAGACCAUGGCGUCCUACAAUAUCUUCGACACGUACUCGCUACAGUGGGCCUUCUUGUUGCUGCCGCUGGUUAUGACAGUGUCGAAUCUACUGGGCUGUGCUCUGGUCUUCGGUGCAGGUGGAUAUUUGGCUCGACACCUGGGAUGUUGCUUCCAGGACUUCGAGACAUACGCCUUCGUGUUCCCGUUCGUCAUCUUCCCGGAGGUGUUGAAGACGAUGUCCUGGCCGCGUCUCUGGACCGGCAUAUUCUUCUCUGCACUCUUCAUCAUAUCAGUUGACACAAUGAUCUUCAACGUGUGCACGGUGAUCGCGUGCGCGGAGGACUUGUUCCCGCAAGUGCGCGCCAACAACAACAUCAACAAGGUGGCCUUCUUCGUGUGCAUCGGCAUGUUCGUGUCGGGCUUCCCGACCGUCACCCAGGGAGGCACGUACAUCGUCAAGCUGCUCGAAGACCACACCAUCCAUGGCGUCAUGAACCAGUUCAUACCGCUUGUCGAGAUUGUGUUCGUCAUAUACAUCUACGGCCUGCGACGGUUCUCGUUCGACGUGCAGUUCAUGCUUGGCCGAGGACCCAACUUCUAUAUGAAGAUCUGCUGGACCAUCAUCUGUCCCAUAGCGAUGACGGCGGCAUGCGUGCACCGGUUGACCACGUACAUUCCUCCCGUGUACAUGAACGCACCCAUUCCGAGACAGUACAAGGCGCUCGCGUGGGUCGUGGGUGGCGCCGGCCUGCUCCAGAUCCCCAUGGGAAUCUUCUCCUGCAUUCUGGAGAACAUCAGGGAACCACUUCGCGCCUUUCAGCCCGAGUACCUGUGGGAGCCGAACACGGUUAACCGGGUAAACGCCUACUUCGAGGAGCUCGAAGAGAUGGGCAUCAUUCCGGAGGAGUCCUCGGAGGAAGGACAGGAUAUCCUGUACGAGGCCACCGAGGCACUCGAAGUCUCCAUCGACCGCGACGAGCCGCUCGUAUUCCGGCCGGACCUCUGAGAGCGGCCCUUAUAACCAGGGUCCUCGAAUGAAGAUGUUUUAGGAGACUUGUUCGAUUACGUCACGCUAAUUACUUCUGCAAGGACUUAUCUCAUUUCACUUACUUUUUCAUUGAUUAUGCUGUGAUUUUGAAGCAAAG